AUGGGUAGCAAUAACUCUGGAGAGUCAAGCAUGGGAAAUGGAAGAACUGGGUUUUCUUCAAAGAAAGGGAAGAAGAACCACAACUACUCAGAGAAGCAAAAGAAACCUCAGAGAGGUCUUGGUGUAGCUCAAUUAGAGAAGCUUAGAUUAGAAUCUGAAAUGAGUUAUUGCAAUUAUCUUCCUUCCCUUCACAAUCCCUACCACCACCACAUUCAUCUCAAUCAGGAAGAGGAAACAAGAUUGGGAACCACAUAUUAUUCUUCAGUACCAUCAGCAUCAUCUUUUUCUUAUUCUUCAUCAUCAACACCUUUAGUCUUUCACCCAAACAUCAUGAUGGAUAGGGGAGAAAUAAUGGAAGCUACAGAUUUCAGAUAUGGUGAUUCACAGUCUAGAUGGAACAACAGCAAUGGUUACUCAGAGACUCAAUACUCUUUGCAACCAACUGAUAAGACUGGACACCUUAUGAGUCAAAAUGUGAAGGAUUCAUUGCAAAAGAAGAGAAGAACAAACCAAUGUGAUUCAAUUGGGUCAAGCAGCAGUCAGAAUUCCGAUUCAAGCGAUAUGAAGGAGGAAAUAGACUUGGAGCUCAAACUAUAA